UGGCGCAUGCGCACUCAACACCGACGGUACAAUCCCAGGAGCAGCCAAACCAGUUGAUUAUUGAUUAGAAGUUUUCUUUCUCUCCGGACGAAUAAAAUACCCGAGGUUGUUUUAGCGUGUAGCUGGACUUGUGUGGGCUAAUGUCGGCUAACGUCUUUGGUCUGUCGCGGCACUAAAAGGACAAAGAAUGCAGGUAGCAAGGUGUUCGAGUACCUGGAAGCUGGUGCAGGCAGGCUGCGGGAAAGCAGGACACCAACCGGUCGCUUCGCUUUCUACCUGCAGGACUUCCAGCCAUGCCCACCUUCAGCUCCAGGUAGAGAAGAGUCCAAGCGGUGGUCAACCUGGAGUCCCUGAGCAUCACCAACCGUGGACGUCUGCUUUCACUGUUUCGUCUCCCGUCCAGCUGCCUCCACACGGCUCCUUCGGUCUCCUGUUCGACAUCGACGGGGUUCUGGUGCGGGGUGGAACGCCGAUCCCUGCGGCCAAGAAAUGUUUCAGGAGCCUGGUGGACAAGCAGGGCAGAUACAAAGUGCCCGUGGUGUUCGUCACCAACGCUGGGAACUGCCUGAGGCAGACCAAAGCGGAGCUUCUUUCACGUCAGCUGGAGGUGGAGGUGUCGCCGGACCAGGUGAUGCUGUCCCACAGUCCUCUGAGGAUGUUCACGCAGUUCCACCACAUGCGUGUGCUGGUGUCAGGGCAGGGCCCCGUUGAAGAGGUGGCUCUCAACCUGGGCUUCCAGAACGUGGUCACCAUGGAUGCUCUGAGAGAGGCAUACCCGCUCCUUGAUGUGGUGGACCACAACAGGAGACCCAAGGGUCAAAUUCCAGCCAGCAGAGGUUUGCAGCCAAUAGACGCUGUCAUUUUAUUUGGUGAGCCCAUCAGGUGGGAGACCAACCUCCAGCUCGUUGUGGACGUCCUUCUGACCCACGGAAACCCACACAGCAAUUGGAAUUCCACGCCGUACCCUCACAUCCCAGUGCUGGCCUGCAACAUGGACCUGCUGUGGAUGGCCGAGGCCAAGAACCCCAGGUUUGGUCAUGGUAUGUUCCUGGUGUGCCUGGAGAGCGUGUACAAGAAGGUGACGGGUCACGACCUCAAGUAUGAGGCUCUGAUCGGUAAACCCAGCGUGGUGACCUACAAUUACGCCGAGCUGCUGGUCAGGCGGCAGGCCGAGAGACUUGGGUGGACCACGCCCGUGAAGAGGCUGUACGCCAUCGGCGAUAACCCCAUGGCCGACAUAUACGGUGCCAACCUCUACAACCGCUACCUCCAGACGGCUCAGCGUUCUCAGGCUCAGAGGCAAGCGAGCCGCAGCCGAUCUUCUGGCGAUGGCGGCUGGCCUGCCAUGACGCCAGCCGAGUUCGGCGGAGCGCCCGGCGUACUCGGGCCGGGGGUGGAUCUCCCCGAGGCGUGCAGAUCCAUUCUGGUGUGUACGGGGGUGUACAGCCGAGACCAGAGGGAGCCGCCAUGGCACGCCACGCCAGCGGCGCCCGAGCGGCGCAUCUUCCACGGUCAUAGGGACUUCCGCUUUGACCCCAGCCUCACGCAGCCCUCCUUUGUAGUGCAGGAUGUCCAAGACGCGGUGGAGCUGGUGUUCCAGCAGGAGGGACGGCCGCUCCAUUAGCUAGCAUGCUAACCACGCCAACAUUUCUAUGCAAUGUCCACUUGAUGAUGGCCAUGCGGGUACGUAGUAGUACUCAGACCGUUGUUGGAUUCUUCACUCGUUUCUCCCCUUUCUGUACUACAAUGUGGUUCAGCACAUAUCAUGUUACAUUGUUUACAUACGUGUACAUACAGUGGAGAGGUGUGAAAAGGUUAGGGCACCCCUGGUAAUGUUCCUGAUGAUCAUCUAUGAUUACUAUUGGCCUGUUUUAGCUACAGUAAACCUCGGAUAUAUCGGAUUCAAUUGUUCCCACUGGUUUUGUCCGAUAUAUAUAUGUAUCGAUGUAUAGCGGCCUGUCACGAUUCGGCGAAUCGGAGCGCCACGAUGCGGCCAUCCGAUAUAUCCGAGGGAAAUUUAAUGGAAAUGCAUUGGAACGGGACUGGAGAUUUUGUCCGAAAUAGGCGAAAUCCGUUUUAAAAAAUCCGAUAUAUGCAAUGAAUUUUUAUUGGAAAUGCAUUACAGAAAUAUCUGUCCGUUGUGAGCGAAUUUCCGAUAUAUCCGAGUCCGAUAUAUCCGAGGUUUACUGUAUUUUCAUUUGUACAUUUCAUGAAGGAAUGGUACAUUGAGGCAAUGCUUUAAUAAUAAUAAUCUUUCUGAAUCUUCCUUUUUACUAACAAACAUAUUAUGUGUAUACAUUUCUGAACAUGAAGGUCAAUAACCAGACUUAUGUAAUCGAUUGGGCUUUCUUCUGCUUAAUGACGCUAAUUAAAAGCAUCCUAUAUAAUUAUCCUAUUAUUCACCAACCAUGACCUCAUGCUUUGCAACUAAAACAGACCUUUUGGAAAUCCAAGGACUUCCAUGUGGAAUGGGUGCAGAUUCUGGCAGAUCUAGAAAGCUUUGUGUGCUGGUUAUGUGGACCUGCUCUACAGGAGUCCACAAUCAGUACAAAAGUGUCAUCGGUGUGCGUUUCUCAAUUGACCUGCUGCGCCGCAGUACUGAUGUCUUCUUUGGUCUUUCUGAGGCUUCCUUCUCGCUGUGCUUUCAGGCGAUGUUUCUGGAGGGGGGGUGUGAAUUGGCUUCCAUGGGAUUGGGUUGUAGAAGCCGGGUGGCGGGUGGUAUCCCCAAGCACCUGCAGUGGGGAAAAUAUUUUUUUAAACCUCACAUGAACAAGAGAUCAAAUAUUAAACAUUUUGCAGUACAAGCAAACAUGGCCAUUUCCUGUUAAUGGAACGACCCGACAGUCCUCCUUGCUCCUCCUUGCUCCUCCU